CAAAAAAAGAUAAACCGGCCAAAAGUAAAGUAGGAAGAAAUAAGAAAAAAAGUUCAACCUCUUCCUUUCUUCUCUAACCUACCUUUUUUUUUUAUCACUCUCGAGGCGUUAUCAUAUCAUCAUGAAUGUGAAUGGCUGGAUCGCUCACGAGGCUGCACAACGUCGCAGACUACGCCCAAGAAACCCGUUCAUUGGAAAAUGGUGUCUUUGCAUGUCUCUUCGAGGAGGAAGCACCUUUGCUAAUCUCGUUUGGCUGGGACUCAACUUGUAUCUCACUGUGCUUUCAUUCGAAUCACGAAGCCCUAUUUAUUCCUAUUUAAAUUACACUGCCUUCAUGGUCACCGGCGUCAUAAGCUUAGUGUUCUGCUUGGUCACGCUUUGGACCUUGUUCGCUUUGUUUCAGAACAAAGCACAUAUACUUCGUCUCUCGCACAUGUUAACCUGGUGUGCGGUCAUUGCAUUCUUAACGGACUCUUUCAUCAAUAUUAUUGUUUUUGGCGUGUUGCGAGGCGACUAUGAAACCUGGUGCUUGGAUAAGUCUCGCAAUUAUGUAGACGAGCAAGUGACCGCCAUCCUCGGAAAUGGAACGCAAAUAACCAUGAGCUUCAACCCAAGCCAGAAUGGAAUGGAUCUUUACAACUGCCACAAAAUGUGGGAAGAUGAACUCAAACUUGGAAUUGUUGUUUGGAUCGUCUUUACCAUCAUAUAUAUGUACUGGGCAGCAUGCCUGUGGUCAUACGCUCAGAAGAAGCGUAUGGAGCUCAUAGAAGCCCACGCAAUCAAUGACCAGCCCAACAUGAUGAUGAAUUUGCCACCUGGUGGCGACAUCAAUGAAGCAGCAUGGGAAGACAGCCACGGUAAGAGCAUGGCUGAAGGUGUUCGCGAGAUAUACUCUGGUCUUCGAUCCAUGUUGAACCGCAAUAGAGUACCACCUGAGGAAACCGUUAAAUUCGGAUAAUAGCUUUAAGCAAAGUCGCUUUCAUCCAUAUUCUUGCGUGAUAUACCCUUCUUGUACACCUCCAGUAUCUAAACGUAGCCUGUAUCUAUUCGAUUAUGUUAGAUAUCUCACAUAUCCAACAUCACUAUUCCGAUAAACUCUAUUCCCCUCUUUUUUUUUUUUUUCUUUAAUUCUUUGCUUUUUCUUUUCUAAAAAAUAACAGUGGAAUAUAUAAUCUGGA